AUGCAAAGUGAUACUGAGGAGUACAAACGUGGAAGAAGUAGAAGUAGGUGGCCGAUAGCAAGGUCAAGAUCGUUAUCACCAACUCGAACAUCGUCCUCACCAUCUUCUCCUUCACCGACACGCUGUCCGCUGGCAAUGACUGGUCAAGAUAUGUACCAGUCUUACGAUUGCUUGCUUUCACUAGAUUACACAUCUCCGAACGAUUCAUUUUUGUUCAGAGACAUUAAAAAAAAUUCGAAAAAGUCAUGGUUGUCACUGGAUGAUGAAAGAGACGAAGAAGAACGACAACCAGCUUAUCCACUGUUACCUGGACGAAAAUCACCACAUGAAGAAAUGAUAAGCUGGAGUUUUCUAAGAAGAAUGACAGAGGAUAAACUAUUGAAAGCUGACAAAAAAGGAGAUCUGCAGAAGCAAGUACUGCUUACCAAUUUCGGAUUAAUUUGGCAAGCCUUUUCUUAA